AUGGCAUCCAAUCUCACCCUCGCCAUCAUAGGAUGCGGAAACAUGGGCUCCGCCAUCCUCAGCGGAAUCCUCGACGCAACAACACCCGCUAGUGCUACUGAUGCUACUUCCAGUAGCGAGAAAAGCCCAUUCUCCCGCAUAAUCGCAUGCACCAAGUCACAGUCAUCAGCGGACAAGCUGAAGGCCAAGUACGCCGGACACCCGUCCCCAGUGCAGCUUGACUUCUUUGCCAGUGACAACGCGGGCGCGGCGUCGCAGGCUGAUGUUGUUAUCCUCGGGUGCAAGCCUUAUCUUGUUGAUGCGGUGUUGAGUGAAGAGGGGCUCGGCGAUGCGCUGACCGGAAGGUUGAUUGUUAGUGUCAUUGCGGGGAAGACGAUUGAUGUCCUUUCUGCGGCAAUUGCGAAGAAUCAGACUCAGGCACAGGAGUCUACAUCUACGACGGUGGUUGCUCGUGCGAUUCCCAAUGUUGCAGCCGCCGUGCGUGAGUCAAUGACGGUCGUCGAGCUGCCUGACUCCGCGUCCAAGGAACAUGUAUCUGUAAUUGAGUGGAUGUUCUCGCAGAUUGGUAUGGUCAAGGUUAUCGGUAGCGAGCUGUUUGAUCUGGGAUCGAUGCUGAUGGCGUCGCUGGCGACGGUUUCUGUUGCCGUGGAUGGGAUUCUGGAUGGGUGUGUUGCGGAGGGGAUGAAGCGGGCUGAUGCGUCUGAGAUGACGGCGCAGUGCCUGCUUGGGCUUGCGCAGAUGUUGAAGGAUGGACACCACCCGGCGGUGCUGAGGGAGAGUAUCUCGUCGCCGAAGGGGUGUACGAUCCAGGGGCUGCUGGCUGUUGAGAAGGCUGGCGUACGGAGUGCAUAUGCGGACUCGAUUAUCAACGGGACGGGGCAUUUGAAGAAGCUUCAGGGAAAAUAG